GUGUUUUGACAAAUCUGUAUAAUAAUUGAUUAAUUUAUCCUUAAACUAUGUCGUUUUAGGUAAUUGGUUAAUUCACGUCUCAUCAUAGUUAGUAAUCAUCAGAGGAAAAGACAAGCAUGAACAUUCAGAUUUUUCAAAAAUGGGUUUUGUAAAAAAGGUGAAAUCUAAAGUUUUUCUAUAUACAAACUAUUUGUUUGGUGCUUGCAUAGGUGUGAGUUCGAAGUACAUGAGCUCAGAAGCAAAUGAUACACAAAGCAUGGGAAGCAAAUGCUCAUCUGCGUCAAUCAGAACAAACCCUCGAACCGAAGGAGAGAUCUUGCAAUCUCCAAACCUCAAAAGUUUCAGUUUGGCUGAGCUCAAGUCAGCAACUAGGAAUUUCAGACCAGAUAGUGUUCUUGGUGAAGGUGGAUUCGGUUGUGUCUUUAAAGGAUGGAUUGAUGAGCAGUCUCUUGCUGCAUCUAAAGCGGGAACCGGUAUGGUUAUUGCUGUCAAAAGACUUAACCAAGAUGGUUGGCAAGGUCAUCAAGAAUGGCUGGCGGAAGUGAAUUACUUGGGGCAGUUCUCUCAUCCAAAUCUUGUGAAACUUAUUGGUUAUUGCUUAGAGGAUGAGCAUCGUCUUCUUGUGUAUGAGUUCAUGCCUCGUGGAAGCUUAGAGAAUCAUUUAUUCAGAAGAGGUUCUUACUUCCAACCGUUAUCUUGGACUCUACGUUUGAAAGUUGCUCUUGGUGCUGCACAAGGCCUAGCUUUUCUCCACAAUGCUGAAACUCAAGUCAUAUACCGUGACUUCAAAACUUCCAACAUACUUAUUGAUGCGGAUUACAAUGCUAAGCUUUCUGAUUUUGGGUUAGCAAAGGACGGUCCAACAGGUGAUAAAAGCCACGUCUCUACAAGGAUUAUGGGUACUUAUGGAUAUGCAGCUCCUGAGUAUCUUUUGACUGGUCAUUUAACAACCAAGAGUGAUGUCUAUAGCUAUGGUGUUGUGCUUUUGGAGAUAUUGUCUGGACUUAGAGUUGUGGACAAGAACCGUCCACCAGGAGAGCAAAAACUGGUGGAUUGGGCAAAGCCUUUACUUGCAAACAAGAGGAAGCUAUUUCGAGUUAUCGAUAACCGUCUCCAUGAUCAGUACUCAAUGGAAGAAGUAUGUAAAGUAGCUACUCUAGCGCUGAGAUGCCUGACAACAGAGAUAAAGCUGAGGCCAAACAUGAACGAGGUUGUUGCUCACCUCCAACACAUUCAAGCUUUGCAUGAAGCAGGUGGAGGAGGAAACAUUGAUAAGAUGGAGAAAAGAAUGCGUAGGAGAAGUGAUAGUGUUGUCCUCAGCCAGAAUCCAAAUGCAGGUUUUGCUAGGCAAACAGCUGUUGGUGAAAUAGCAGCUGCUUAUCCACGUCCCUCUGCUUCUCCUCUGUUCUCUUCUGUUUAG